AUGGUAAGCUGGUCCAUCGAGCUCUCCGAGCAUGACAUCCGCUACGAGCCCAGGAGAGCCAUUAAAGCACAAGUCCUAGCAGACUUCUUGGUCGAACUCACAGAUGAGGAAGAGCCUCCUGCCGAGACCACCUGGGUGGUCAACGUAGAUGGCUCGAGCAACAAGGAAGGUGGCGGGGCUGGGAUCGUAUUGCAAAGUAGUACCGGAAUGGUGGUCGAACAAUCCCUCCGCUUUAACUUCCCAACUACAAACAACCAGGCCGAGUAUGAAGCGUGCAUUGCAGGGCUGGUCACGGCUCGAGACCUGGGAGCUAAGGAGAUACUUGUCUGCUGCGACUCACUUCUGGUCGUUUCACAAGCAAACGGAGACGCUCAGGCAAAGGAUCCCAUCCUGGAACAAUACUUGACCCAUUUGAAACGACUGGCCUCGACCUUCACCAAAGUGGAGUUCCGCCACGUCCCCAGAGCCCAGAAUAAUCGAACAGACACCCUGGCCAAGCUGGCCAGCACUGGAAAGCCUGGCCUGAAUGGAACGGUCAUUCAGGGGACCUUAGCCCUCCCCUAUGUAGCUGACCCCGAUCGUCCUGUAGGACAAGUUAUGAUGCCGAUCGGUACCGAGGAAGACUGGAGGACCCCGAUCAUCAAGUAUCUCAGAUCCGGGUGGCUGCCCGAAGAGAAGGUUGAAGCCAAGAAGUUGGUACGGCGCGCCUCCUGGUACACUAUCGUUAAUGAUGAUCUCUUCAAGCGGGGAUUCUCCACCCCCCUUCUGAAGUGCUUGGCUAAAGAUAGAGCAGCCUAUGUCCUGGCGGAAAUCCACGAGGGCAGCUGCGGCCAUCAUCCGGGCGGGUGUUCCCUUGCCCGAAAGGUACUCCGAGCCGGCUAUUACUGGCCAACCCUAGAGAAAGACGCCGCGGAGCACGUUAAGCAAUGCGACCCCUGCCAGAGGCACGCCGAUCUGCACAACGCUCCUCCGGCCCAUCUUACCUCUCUAGUCUAUCCUUGGCCUUUCCACCAGUGGGGCAUGGAUUUAUUGGGUCUGUUCGACACAGCGCCUGGCCAACUCAAGUACUUGGUGGUAGCAGUGGAUUACUUCACCAAGUGGGUCGAAGCCGAAGCACUAGCAAUGAUCACCACAGCUAGAGUGCAACGCUUCUUCUACAAGAACAUCAUCAGCAGGUUCGGAGUCCCUGGGGUCCUGGUCACAGACAAUGGAACCCAGUUUACCUCUAAGGGGUUUAGGGACCUCUUGGACGGGCUGCACAUCAAGCAGCGAUUCACUUUCGUCGAGCACCCCCAGACAAACGGGCAGGCAGAGUCGGCCAACAGGGUCAUUCUCCGAGGCCUCCGGAAGAGAUUGGGGAGUGCCAAGGGCGACUGGGCCGAACAGCUCGAUCACGUCCUGUGGGCAUACCGCACCACUCCGCACUCGACUACGGGGGAGAGCCCUUACCGCCUCACCUUUGGCACAGAAGCUGUGAUUCCGGCUGAGAUAGGAGAACCGAGCGCCCGAACAGUGGGUUUUGACCCCAACCAGAACGAUCAACUCAUAGGGGAAGACCUCGACCUCCUGGCGUAA